GUGUGGCGUCCGGGCAUCGACCCUGUGGACGAGGAUGAGGAGCUGGCCUAUGACCCAACCGCGUACGACUGCCUGCACCGCUUCGAAGUGGACUGGCCAUGCCUAAGCUUCGAUAUCCUCAAAGAUGACCUGGGCGGGCCACGCAGCUCCUUCCCCCAUACAGUUUACCUGGUCUGUGGCACUCAGGCGGCAACCGCCCGACAAAACUACGUUGCCUUCCUUAAACUGGCGCAGUUGGGGCAAGGUCGUCAUGGCAAGAAAUCAGCCGCGGAGGACGACGAUGACUCGGACGCUUCUGACGAUGAUGACGACGACAGUAGUGACGAUGGCGAGGGCAGCAGCAGCGAGCUGCCCGCCACGUUUCACUACCGCCGCAUCGCAAUGCCGUGUGGAGUGAAUCGCGUCCGGGCGAUGCCACAGCAGCCGGCGCUGGUGGCGGUGUGGGGUGACAACGGGCAGGUACGGCUCAUUGACGGCUCCAAGCUGGUUUCAGAUUUGGCGGCUGAGACGGAGCCCACUGCUGCCACCGCCAAGGGCAAAGGAGGCGGUGUGGGCAAGCCGCUGGAACUCAGGCCGUUGGCCACACACAGUCACUCGGCUGAGGGCUUCGCGCUGGACUGGUCGUCGGCGCGGCCUGGUCGGCUGGCCUCCGGCGACAACCGCCACAAGAUUCACGUGUGGGAGCCCUCGGAAGGGGGGAAGUGGUCGGUUGGCGGGGCGCAUGUGGGUCACGAGGGGGCUGUGGAGGACCUCCAGUGGAGCCCCUCAGAGGAGACGGUGUUUGCCUCCUGUGGCACCGACCGCUCCAUCCGUAUCUGGGACGCCAGGGAACGCGGACGGCCCAUGCUGACGGCGGCGGAGGCGCACGGCACCGACGUCAACGUCAUUUCCUGGAACCGCGGCGUAUCGUACAUGCUCGCGUCGGGCGCUGACGACGGCUGCUUGCGCAUCUGGGACCUGCGCACCUUUGCGUCGUCGUCAUCGUCUUCGGCAACUUCUGGCGGGGGAAACCCUGCUGCGGGUCCUGCCCACGUGGCCCAGUUCACGUACCACCGGAGUCACGUGACGAGUGUAGAGUGGUGCCCCUACGAAGGCAGCAUGUUGGCGUCUUGCUCAGCGGACAACCAACUGGCGGUGUGGGAUCUGGCGCUGGAGCGCGACCCCGAGGAGGAGGCUGCUCUGGCGCCCGAGGGUAACGCCGCGGCCCCCGAGGACCUGCCGGCUCAGCUGCUGUUUCUCCACGCGGGCCAGAGCGAUCCCAAGGAGCUCCACUGGCACCCGCAGAUACCCGGACUCCUGGUAUCCACUGCAGGAGAUGGCUUCAACCUGUUCAAGGCGGCCAACAUGUAG